AUGGCAGCGACUAACGGCUCUCUGCAACAAACCCAUCAUCAACCAAACCCUGCUUUCCAAUAUCACUUCCAAGCCCUCGACCCCAUCUCCCUCAUUCUCUCCCAGAACCCACAACCAGACCAAGAGCCAGUCCCUCUGCGGCUCAUCACAGAGAGCAUCAUGGAGAGAGGACCCAGAUACAAAGCCUACGCGGAGCUCAGAGAAGCAAAGCUGCGAAGGAAGCAUCUGAGGCCGGAAGAGGCUGAAGAACCCGAAUUGAAACCGAGCCCGUUGAAGAAACAAGUCAAAUUUCAGACCAGUACGACCAAGUCGCGUAAAGGGUCCUCUGCUGUGGCUCAAUCAGUGCCUGAUUUCUCCGCUGUGUUGAGAAAAGAGAACCGCAAGCCACCAACAAGGCUUCCGUCCACGCUUGAGAUGACCCCGCCGGCGAAGUCCUGGUCGAAAGCGAAUGGGGUUUUGUCCAAUUCGAGAGGGAGUAAGUCGGCGAGCGCAGGGGAGAAGAGGUACAACAAUGGCGGAGGGUUGAUGGCAAGGAAGAGCUAUGCGAGUAUGGAGGAAUUGAAGGGUUUGUCUUCUGCUGCUGCUAAUGCUAUUAGCGGCGAAAACAGGGGAGGGAGGAAUGGGAAUGGCAGAGCAAUUCCCAAGACUGUUUUGGGGUACAGGCAGUUUUGA